AAUAUUGUGUAAAAUUUUUCAUAUUAUUUUGGAAAAUAUUUAUUAUUACAAAAAGAGAAAAAAGAAAAAAUGAUGGCUUUUUUCAAUGCUCUUAUGGUUAAAACAACAACCAUUUGUGCUUUCCUGGUGUUUUGCCACAUAAUUGUGACGAGAGCCUUCAAUUUAGAGAAUCGCCUGCCUAUAGUAAAAUUCAAUGCAAAUCCGAAAUCGUAUUUUGGUUAUUCCGUUGCCACACAUACAGUGGGUGAAUUGGCCAAUUCGCUUAACAAUACAAAAUGGCUACUUGUGGGCGCACCAUUAGAUAAAAAUUUACAACCAGGUACCAAUCAUUCGGGUGCUUUAUACAAAUGUCCGAUAACACAAAACUAUAACGAUUGCGAACAGGUUAUAACAGAUGGCAGAAGAUCGCCUGAAGGAGUCUAUGAACCUACUUUCGAUAUUGAUGGUGUGGAAGAGUUAUCGGAACCAUCAGACGAUGAAAUUAAAGAAGGCCAAUGGCUAGGCGUUACCGUGAGGUCACAAGGCUUAGGUAGUAAGGUUUUAGUAUGCGCUCAUCGUUAUAUAACUAAAGUGCGUGAAAAUCGUUAUGGCCAAGGUCUGUGCUAUGUGCUAACCAACGAAUUAGGCCUUGAGGAAGUUUAUGAGCCAUGCAAAGGUCGCACAGUUCAAAGAGCCCACGAGGAUUAUGGCUUUUGUCAAGUGGGCACUUCUGGUGCGUUAUUGGAUGAUAAUACAAUGGUUUUGGGUACGCCAGGACCAUUUACUUGGCGUGGCACCGUAUUUGUUACCGAAAUUGGCGGGGAGUACUUGGAGAGAGACAAGAAUAUGUACUAUGGUGAUCAUUCGGAUAAUACGUCACCGGUUGAUAAGUACAGUUAUUUAGGUAUGGCAGUGACAGGAGGUCGUUAUUUUAGCGAUCGCAUGUCUUACGCCGCAGGUGCACCCCGCUCCAAUGGCCACGGUCAAGUGGUGAUAUUUAAUAAAGCUAACACUAAUCCCAUACCGGUAGAAAUGAUUAUAGAAGGCGAACAAUUUGCUUCAAGUUUUGGUUAUGAAUUAACCACGGCCGACGUUAAUGGCGACCAAAAACCUGAUCUCAUAGUUGCUGCUCCCUUUUAUUUUAUGAAAAUGGAAGGCGGUGCUGUCUACAUUUAUCAGAAUACCGAUGAUCAGUUGCCGGCAAGGCCAACUUUAAAAUUAACAGGCACUUUUGAAAGUCGUUUCGGUUCUGCAUUGGCGAAUAUCGGUGAUAUUAAUAAAGACAAUUGCGAGGAUUUGGCAAUAGGCGCGCCUUAUGAAGACGACGGAGUAGUUUAUAUUUUCUUAGGCAGCAGCGAUGGUCUUCUAAGUAAACCGGCGCAGAGAAUACAAGCAUCAGAUUUAGGUUUAUUACCAAAAGCCAUUAAGACAUUCGGCAGUUCUAUAGCGGGCGGUACCGAUUUAGAUGGCAAUUCCUAUCCCGAUGUAGUAAUAGGGGCCUACAAUUCGUCAGCCGUAAUCGCUUUAUUGGCUCGUCCUAUUAUAAGCAUACAAACUCGUGCGCGUAGCAAUGAAGUAAAAAAUAUUGAUCCAACUAAGCAAGGUUGUAUUACCGAUGCCUUUACUAAUUUGACUUGUUUCACUUUUGAGGCUUGCUGUUCGAUCGACCCGUUAGAACAGACUUCAGCUAACAAAAACUUAAGAUUAAUGUAUACCGUAGAGGCAGAGACAUUCGCGGGUAAUAAGAAAUUCUCUCGAGUUUUCUUCGAUCGCGAUAAUAAGCGCAGUAACGUUAUUAAACGUGAAGUGACUGUACUUACUGAUGGCCGCUUGUCUUGUCAGCGAGUAACCGCUUAUAUAAAAGAAAAUACCCGCGAUAUACAAAGUCCUCUAAAGUUCAGAUUAAAUUAUACUUUGGUAGAAACGCGUUUACCGGAUUCUGGUCUAAAAUUUUUAAACCCCAUACUCGAUCAGACGCAAGCGAAAGUUGAAUUUGAGGGAACGUUCCAAAAAGAUUGCGGCGAAGAUGAUACAUGUGAAAGUAAUUUACGUCUCGACGCAGAAUUAGAUCUGAACAUGGAAAAUGAAAAUUAUGCUUUAAUAUUAGGCGAACAAGAAGAGAUACGGGUCAACAUCAAUGUAGAAAACACGGCAGAUUCCGCUUAUGAAGCGCAAUUGUUUAUAGUGCAUCAAAAGAGCGUCGAAUACAUAGCAGCAAUAAAAACGAAUUCGGCUAUUUGUAAUCGUUUCAACGACACCGUGGUAGCCUGUAGUUUGGGCAAUCCUAUGCGUCGUGGCUCGGCGGCUCAAUUGUCUGUGCGUUUUGAUCCUAGCGGCUUGGAACUGGAUGAACGGAAGCUAACGUUUGACAUCUUCGCGAACACCACCUCAAAUUUGACAGCCUUUGAUGGAAGAGAGCCACGGGUCGAGCUGGAUGUUCACGUAGUUAAAAGAGCUGAAUUAAGCUUACAAGGUUGGGCUAGACCCGAGCAAAGCUUCUAUAGCGGUGAAGUGCGCUUAGAUAACGCUAUGAUGCAAAUGGAAGAUGUUGGCUCACAGCUAAUGCAUACUUAUCAAAUCUAUAAUGAAGGACCCUGGAAAGCUCCGAAAGUCCAAUUGACAAUAUAUUGGCCUCAUCAGAUAUAUAGCGAACAGGAUACACGUGCGAAAUGGUUAUUGUAUUUGGAAGAGAUACCCAUUAUCGAGAAUAUCAAAGAAGGCGAAUGUUUUGUUGCGGCCCAAUAUGUUAAUCCCUUAAAAUUGAUCAGCAAAUAUAAAUCAAAUUUUAUGGCAAACGAACUUCUAUUGGGCCCUGCUCCUUAUAUGAUGCGACCCUUGGCUAAUAAAACCCAUUUCCCCCAUCGAACUUUUUCCCAUUAUGAAAAAAUGGCUUACACGAGCAGUAAGCAACAGCAGUCACAUCAUCGCAUAUCUGACGAUUCAUCCAUUUUGAAUCGUUUGCCGCGUGACACUUUAACACGUAUUAUAAGACCCGAACGAUUUAUGGACUUUCGUGAGAAUAAAAAUAAGAAACGUGAUAUUGUCGAAUUAGAUUGCAAUAAAGCGACGGCAUAUUGCAUAAAAAUAUUAUGUGAAUUUUAUAACAUGCCCGCCAAUACGGAGGCGUAUGUGCAUGUUAAGGCCAGGCUGUGGAAUUCAACGUUAGUUUCGGAACAUCCAAGAGCUGAUGCAGUGCGCAUUAUAUCGACAGCUAAAGUCCAAAUACCAAUAGAAUUUCGCGUUGAGCAAGCGCAUGCCACCGAACAAUUGUUGGUUGAAACACGCGCCUAUCCUGAAUUAUUGGAUCCUCAACGUGACACAACCACUCCCUUAUGGAUUAUUAUAUUAGCGAUAAUUGGAGGAUUACUCUUGUUGGCUUUGUUCACGUAUGCUAUGUGGCGUUGCGGCUUCUUUAAACGAAGAAGACCAGAUCCCACACUGAGUGGUAAUCUCGAGAAGAUGAAUGAGGAGAAGCCAUUCCUUAAUUCAAAAAACAAUCAUCGUGUUUUCUAACAACAAGGUACGGUAGGGUGGGAUUUGGCUUUACGUCAACAACAGCAUCAAAAUCUCAAAAACACUAAAGUCAAACCGCCUAGAAAAUGUUUUUAUAAAUUUAAAAGUGAUAUCGAUUGGCUGGACUGGCAACAAAUGCAAUUAUUUAAUAAUCAUUACAAUAAUAACAACAAUUCUAACAAUUAUAAUUUAAAUCAAUAUUCGAGUGUUAUCGAUUGGGGUUUUAUGGCUAAACGUUAACAAACAAAACGAAAACAACUCAAACACAAACAAGCGCGAACCAGAACCAUUAAUAUUAUUUCCUAGUGCCAUUAUUUCUUUAUAACGGUUUUUAUACUUAAAAUGUAGUCUUAUUUUAUUUAAAUAUUUCUCUUUUGUGUAGCAUACUUUAAGUGUUUACGAAAUUAGUAUAAUUUUAAUAAGACGAAGAAAAAUGUUGCAAAAAUAUAAAAAACGCAUAUUAAAAAAAAAAAAAAA